AUGGUGGAGAAACAGGUCGCACAGUUGGCUUCAGCUCACGAUAAGGCUGUUGCUGCGGUUCGACAGGUUCAGGAGGAUAAACGCAUCAAUCCGAUACUUGUAGUGAACCCACUGACUCUGGAGCAGUGCAACAAUAUUGCGAAUGCAACGUUCGAGGAGGUUUUGAACUUCCGACAGAGCAAAGCCUGCUUCACAACGGGAGCAAGCGUGUUUGGCUGGAGAGACCGACACAAACUGCUCCCUGACAAGCUCAUGUUCUCUCUCGAAAAGGUUUUUCAUGGUCAAGCAAUGGAAGAAGUAUCACAGGGGACGUGGCAAGUCCUUUCGCAACCAGAGUCGCUAACGAGCAUGUAUCCACGCGACGUGAAGUCCCACUUCCACGUUACUCAGCGUCUCGAUGACAACACAGUUGUUUAUUACCACACGCUGGAGCGUGAAGACUCUGAAGUGCGUACGCGAGCGUUCAUCUUGGUGAUCUUUGUGGAUCUUGGCCCAGAUCAAUGCAUGGUGCUGUACAAAAGUAUCGAUCCAAAGUCAUAUCUACGACAAGAAGGGGACUUACUCGUUCGAGAUCCUCGUGGGCGGAAGAAAGUGGAGCCACAAAAAGAAAAUGUAUGGAUGAACUCGUUUGAUGAUUUCGGUGGAGUAAUACAGGGCACAGACCUUGCAAGUGCCGGUUGGUGGUGUCUUGAGAUUUUGCAGAUUGCCAUGCGCAUUGAGGCUCACGUGAUAGGACCACAUGCUCUUCUUGUGCAGUCACCACAGAACAAGUAA